AAGAUUCCAAUCGCCAGUGUCCAGGCUUAUUUGCACAUAUUGGAUCUUGGACUGAUCCUCUAUUAACCUCCCUGGACUCUUCUCCAUUAUUGCUCUUUAAAUAUUAUGCCCUGCGCCACAGAAUCUUCUUCCUGAGCCGGUGAUUUCUUCACUCUUCUACAUAUAUUAGAAAGGAAAAAAUAAGAAAUAAGAGAAAAGGAAGAAAAGAAAGAAAAAGGAAGAGAAGAGCGUGAGUGGUGGUGGUGAGUGAAAUAAAACCUAAUAGCACCAGGUGACGUGCUGGGCAGAGAGUGAGGCAUAAAGGGCAGAGAAAAUGAUGGCCCUUUCUGCAUCUGAUGAUACCUGAAAGGACCCACGAUCAUCAGACGGUUCUGCUUGUUUUGCUUCCUCAUCUUGUUCGUUCUUUCUUUCAGCUGUAUUUGGUUGAGUAGUUAUUAGUGUUGUCGGAUUCUUGGGAUCCCUGUAAAGAUGAGCGGAGCUGUGCUUGUAGCUGUUGCUGCUGCAGUUGGAAAUCUAUUGCAAGGAUGGGAUAAUGCAACCAUUGCAGGGGCUGUUUUGUAUAUAAAGAGGGAAUUUAAUUUGGAAAGUGAACCAACUAUAGAAGGUUUGAUUGUGGCUACGUCACUUAUUGGAGCCACUUUGAUAACUACAUGUUCUGGAGCCAUAUCAGACUGGCUUGGUCGCCGGCCUAUGUUAAUAAUCUCUUCUGUGCUUUAUUUUCUUAGUGGUGUUGUGAUGUUAUGGUCUCCGAAUGUUUAUAUUUUGCUGUUGGCAAGGCUUUUGGAUGGAUUUGGUAUUGGCUUGGCAGUAACUCUUGUGCCAGUUUACAUAUCUGAAACUGCACCACCUGAAAUCAGGGGCUUGUUGAAUACCCUCCCUCAGUUCACUGGAUCUGGUGGCAUGUUUUUGUCAUAUUGUAUGGUGUUUGGAAUGUCAUUAACAACUGCUCCAAGUUGGAGAUUGAUGCUUGGGGUUCUUUUUAUUCCCUCCCUCAUUUAUUUGGCUUUGACUCUAUUUUACUUGCCCGAGUCUCCAAGGUGGCUUGUGAGUAAAGGACGAAUGCUUGAGGCCAAGAGGGUUUUGCAGAGGCUUCGUGGCAGGGAAGAUGUAUCUGGUGAGAUGGCUUUACUGGUUGAAGGACUUGGAGUUGGGGGUGAAACCUCAAUAGAGGAGUACAUAAUUGGCCCUGCCAAUGAAGUGGUUGAUGACCAAGAUAUAUCUGUGGAUAAAGAUCACGUGAAGUUAUAUGGGCCUGAAGAAGGUCUCAGCUGGGUUGCCAAACCUGUUACAGGGCAGAGCACUAUUGGUCUUGUGUCUCGGCGUGGAAGCUUGGCAAACCAGAGUAUGCCACUCAUGGAUCCUCUAGUCACCCUCUUUGGCAGUGUGCAUGAAAAGCUACCUGAGACAGGUAGCAUGAGAAGUAUGCUUUUUCCACACUUCGGCAGCAUGUUCAGUGUGGGAGGGAAUCAGGCUAGAAAUGAAGAGUGGGAUGAGGAGAGCCAAACGAGGGAAGGUGAGGAUUAUCAAUCUGAUGCUGGUGGCGGAGAUUCUGAUGAUAAUUUGGAGAGUCCAUUAAUUUCACGUCAGACAACAAGCAUGGACAAGGACUUGGUCCCACAUGCCCAUGGAAGCCUUUCAAGCAUGAGACAUGGCAGUCUUAUGCAAGGAAAUGCUGGAGAACCUGUUGGUAGUGCUGGGAUUGGUGGUGGCUGGCAGUUAGCAUGGAAAUGGUCUGAGAGGGAAGGCCAAGAUGGAAAGAAGGAAGGAGGCUUUAAAAGAAUUUAUUUGCAUCAAGAAGGUGUCCCUGGUUCUCGGCGUGGAUCUUUGGUGUCGCUUCAUGGUGGUGAUGCCCCUGCAGAAGGUGAAUUUAUCCAGGCUGCUGCUUUGGUUAGCCAACCAGCUCUCUUUUCCAAGGAGCUUGUCAAUCAACAUCCGGUUGGACCAGCUAUGAUUCACCCAUCUGAAACUGCAGCUAAAGGCCCUAGUUGGAAUGAUCUCUUUGAACCAGGAGUAAAGCAUGCAUUGGUUGUUGGGGUUGGACUUCAAAUACUUCAGCAGUUCUCUGGCAUAAAUGGUGUUCUCUAUUACACUCCUCAAAUUCUUGAGCAGGCAGGUGUCGGAGUUCUUCUUUCAAACUUGGGCAUUAGUUCCGCUUCUGCAUCUCUGCUAAUUAGUGCAAUUACAACACUAUUAAUGCUCCCCUGUAUUGCUGUUGCCAUGAGGCUCAUGGAUAUCUCUGGGAGAAGGAGUUUGUUGCUUUGCACAAUCCCUGUCUUGAUAGUCUCUCUGCUUGUCCUAGUUCUUGGAAGUGCAGUGAAUUUGGGCAGUGUCAUUAACGCAUCUAUCUCAACUGCUAGCGUGAUAGUCUAUUUCUGUUGCUUUGUUAUGGGAUUUGGGCCAAUUCCUAACAUACUCUGUGCUGAAAUCUUCCCCACUCGUGUCCGUGGCCUCUGCAUUGCCAUAUGUGCCCUCACAUUUUGGAUCGGUGACAUAAUUGUUACCUACUCACUCCCAGUUAUGCUCAAAUCCAUUGGUCUUGCUGGUGUUUUCGGGUUGUAUGCAGUUGUGUGCAUCAUAUCAUUGGUAUUUGUUUACUUAAAAGUUCCAGAAACCAAAGGGAUGCCCCUUGAAGUAAUAACUGAGUUCUUUUCUGUCGGCGCGAGGCAGGCUGCGGCUGCCAAGGACAACUGACUUUGGUUACCUUCUGAUCAGAGUUCAGAAGUUUUGAUCCUUUUUCUAUUGUCGUGUCAUUCCAGAUUUUCUUUUUAGGUGUGGAAGAUGGGAAUCUAUAUUUUUGUAGAAAGAAAAUAUGUGUAUAUCUUUCGACAGUUGGUUUUGCUUUUAAUAUGACUUUAAAUUGUCAUUUUUUUA